CGCUGAGUUGCGCUCCUCUUCCUCAGGCUGCGAGCAGGAGCCGCCCGGGCGCUUCCCCUUUCCCCGUCCGGCCGGGAGUCCCUGCGGCUACAGCGCGCUCGCUCGCCUCCCGCCGGGGCAGAGCACCCCCGCCCCGUCUCUCGGAGCCCGCCCCGGCAGAGCGCUCCCGAGGUGCCAGCAGCCGCGAGGAUUUUUGUCUGUCUUGUUUGUAUGUUUGUUGGGUUUCGUUGGGUGUUUUUUGUUUUUCCCCUCGUUUUCAUUUGGCUUUCUAGUCUCGCUGGGAAUGGCAGGGGCAGCCGCGCCCGGAGAAGGAACAAGUGUGGGGAAAGGGAGCGGGAGCCGGAGCUAAAUGACAGGAUGCGGGCGACUUGAGGCGCAGAAAGAAGCCAGCGUCCCCUGCCCCCGGGAGUGCCCUUGCGGGCCGUGCCUUCUGCUCCUGACUCCGGCCGGAGGAUUUAAGAUCUAGGAAGAGUUGUGCGUGGAAGGCUUUUUUUUUUUUUUUUUUUUUUUUUUUUUUCAUUUUUCUGCCUCCUUUCCCUGCUGUCGAAGGGAAAAUGGACUGGGGACUUCUCCUGCACUGUGCAGCCCUCACCUUCACCCUCGUCAGGGCUCUGCGAAGCGAUAAGUGCGGCGACACGAUCAAAAUCGUCAAUCCCGGGUACCUCACGUCUCCCGGUUACCCCCAGUCCUACCACCCUAGCCAAAAAUGCGAGUGGCUGAUCCAGGCCCCGGAGCCCUACCAGAGGAUCAUGAUCAACUUCAACCCCCACUUCGACCUGGAGGAUCGCGACUGCAAGUAUGAUUAUGUUGAAGUGAUUGAUGGAGAUAAUGCUGAAGGACGCUUAUGGGGAAAGUACUGUGGAAAAAUUGCUCCCCCUCCUCUGGUGUCUUCAGGCCCAUAUCUUUUUAUUAAAUUUGUUUCCGACUAUGAGACACAUGGAGCAGGAUUUUCCAUCCGUUAUGAAGUUUUCAAAAGAGGACCUGAAUGUUCCAGAAACUUUACUUCAUCAAGUGGAGUGAUAAAGUCCCCUGGAUUCCCUGAAAAAUAUCCCAAUAGCCUUGAAUGCACUUAUAUUAUCUUUGCACCAAAGAUGUCAGAGAUUAUACUGGAAUUUGAAAGCUUUGAGCUAGAACCUGAUUCAAAUACUCCAGGGGGAGCAUUCUGUCGCUAUGACCGAUUGGAAAUCUGGGAUGGCUUCCCUGAUGUUGGCCCGCACAUAGGGCGUUAUUGUGGGCAGAACAACCCAGGACGUGUCCGGUCUUCAACAGGGAUUCUUUCAAUGGUAUUUUACACCGACAGUGCAAUAGCAAAAGAAGGAUUUUCAGCAAACUACAGCGUGUCACAGAGCAGUGUAUCAGAAGAUUUCCAGUGCAUGGAACCACUAGGUAUGGAGUCAGGAGAAAUUCACUCUGAUCAAAUCACUGUCUCCUCCCAGUACAGCGCUAUCUGGUCUUCAGAAAGGUCCCGGCUAAAUUACCCUGAGAAUGGAUGGACCCCAGGGGAAGAUUCUGUCAGAGAAUGGAUACAGGUAGAUCUAGGCCUUCUUCGCUUUGUUUCUGGAAUUGGGACUCAAGGAGCCAUCUCAAAAGAAACAAAGAAAGAAUAUUAUCUGAAAACAUACCGUGUAGAUGUCAGCUCCAAUGGAGAGGACUGGAUUACAUUGAAGGAGGGAAACAAGCCUGUUGUGUUUCAAGGGAAUAGCAAUCCCACUGAUGUUGUUUACAGACCUUUUGCCAAACCAGUUUUAACACGGUUUGUGAGAAUUAGACCUGUGUCUUGGGAAAAUGGAGUAUCACUAAGAUUUGAAGUUUACGGCUGCAAGAUAACAGAUUAUCCUUGCUCUGGGAUGCUGGGUAUGGUGUCUGGGCUCAUUCCUGACUCUCAGAUUACUGCAUCUACUCAAGUUGAUCGAAACUGGAUCCCAGAAAAUGCUCGCCUCAUAACCAGCCGUUCAGGUUGGGCGCUGCCACCAACUACUCAUCCGUAUACAAACGAAUGGCUUCAGAUAGACCUUGGAGAAGAAAAAAAAGUGAGGGGCAUAAUUGUCCAAGGAGGCAAGCACCGAGAAAACAAAGUAUUCAUGAAAAAAUUCAAAAUUGGCUACAGCAACAAUGGGUCAGAUUGGAAAAUGAUCAUGGAUUCCAGCAAGAAAAAGAUAAAGACUUUUGAAGGCAACACCAACUAUGACACGCCUGAACUGCGGACUUUUGAACCUGUAACAACUAGAUUCAUCCGUGUCUACCCUGAGAGAGCCACACAUGGAGGACUGGGACUGCGAAUGGAGCUGCUGGGCUGUGAACUCGAAGCUCCUACUGCUGUCCCUACCGUUUCCGAAGGCAAACCCGUGGAUGAAUGUGAUGAUGACCAGGCAAACUGUCACAGUGGCACAGGUGAUGACUACCAACUGACAGGUGGUACUACAGUGCUGAAUACAGAAAAGCCAACAGUAAUAGACAAUACAUUACAACCAGAGCUGCCACUAUACAACUUCAACUGUGCCUUUGGCUGGGGAUCCCAAAAGACUUUGUGCCACUGGGAGCAUGACAACCAGGUGGAUUUAAAGUGGGCAAUCCUAACCAGCAAAACUGGGCCAAUUCAAGACCACACAGUAGGAGAUGGCAAUUUCAUUUACUCGCAAGCUGACGAAAGCCAGAAAGGCAAAGUCGCCCGGCUGCUGAGCCCCGUGAUUUACUCACAGAACUCUGCCCACUGCAUGACUUUCUGGUACCACAUGUCCGGCGCACAUGUCGGCACCCUGAAGAUCAAGCUGCGGUACCAAAAGCCAGAUGAAUACGACCAGGUGCUGUGGACCCUGAGUGGGCAUCAGGCAAACUGCUGGAAGGAAGGACGCGUCCUUCUUCACAAGUCUGUGAAACACUACCAGGUGGUUAUUGAGGGAGAAAUUGGAAAAGGAACUGGAGGAAUCGCUGUGGAUGAUAUUAAAAUUGACAAUCACGUAGCACAAGAGGACUGCCGAAAAUCAACAGAUGUGGAGAAUGAAAUAGAUGAAGAAGAAGACCCAGAAAGUAAUCAAAUAGGGAUUACACCUCCAUACCACACAGGCGAGGACUACGAUGAUAACAUCUCCAGGAAACCAGGCAAUGUUCUGAAGACCCUAGAUCCAAUCCUUAUCACCAUCAUAGCCAUGAGUGCACUCGGGGUGCUUUUAGGAGCCAUCUGUGGAGUUGUCCUGUACUGUGCCUGUUGGCAUAAUGGGAUGUCAGAGAGGAACUUGUCUGCACUGGAGAAUUACAAUUUUGAACUGGUCGAUGGUGUAAAACUGAAAAAAGAUAAACUAAACACACAGAAUUCGUACUCGGAAGCAUGAAGGUAUAAAGCGACUGGAGAAGUUUCAGAGAAUCGGGAUGGAAGGACAUAGCUCGGUCGUGCUGGGGAACUGAUGAUCUUUUACUGUACAGGCUGAAAAGUGCAUUGAUGACACUGAGCCAAGCUUUUCUCAGGAGCUUCAAUGAGUGUGUAACCGAUAAACAUGGACAACAAUCUGUGUUAACAAUCUGAAUCAUGUACAGUCUGCUUUUUCUGUUGGUUUUAUUUGAAAUAAUCCAAUGCUGGUGUUGAGACCAAGUAUGAUUGACUUAUAGUUCAUUUUGUCUUUCUUUCUCUCCCUCUCUUUUGUUUUCCGUUAAUGGAUAAUUUUGGUUUUACUGUGCAAAAACCAAGACGCUGUCACAAAAUGUAUUCAGUGGGGUCCUUUGGAUGGACAUGCUGUCUGUAGCUCAGUGCCCAGAAAAUAUUGGAGUAACAGCAAUUUAGUGGACUCCUGCACCUGUAUUUGUGUAUAAUUGCUCGUGUUGUGCAUAGGCAAAGAAGGGUUAGGAUGUUUUUGAAAGUACUGCUGCAUCAGUACCGAUAUAGUGUGUCAGCUCUGUUUAUGAAGCAAUACAGUCAAAUUUUAUUGAUGUUUUUCAGUGUUGUACUAAAUUUUGUGCUUGUGAACUCCAUGAAAGAGUAUGUGCCAUCAUCAGACACAACUGGUAACCAAGUGUACUGCCUAAAAACUAAACAAAAAAGUCCUUGGCACUGGCUAGUGUAUGUCCUCUCAAGUGCCUUUUUGUUUGUACUGCUUCUCAUUGUGUUAACAUUAACUACAGCUCUGCUUCUCUGCAGUUGUGCCCUUGUCUUUAAUCAUAUUCUGAUGGCUCACCAACUGAAAAAAAAGUAUAUUUUAGUGUAAGAAAGUAGCCUCAGCAAGGCAAGGGCAAAACAGAUUUGACAACCUGGCUCAAUUGUUCUGCUUUCUGUAUUUCGACUUCAUGUCUCUUGACCCUUUUGUAUAAAGCUGCAAUAUCCCCUUUUAUUGUUCUUUCAUAUAGAAUGUAUUUUCAAAUGUAAAAUCUCUCUCCCUGUCUCUUCUCUUUCUCUCUCUCUUUCUCUCUCUGAGUAGAUUGCAUAAGCAUUUGUCAUUGCCAAGGAAAGAAAACUGCAGCUUUAACUUGCUGGUAAUGGCAAAGGAUUUUAUUAGAGUUUGUGUUAAAAAAUAAGGGAAAAUUCUUAACUUUACCCUCCAAAGUCGAACUUUGGGUUUCUUCUUAACAGCAUAAAGUGACAGUAUCUUUUUUCCUGAAGUCAUGAAACAUGCCUUUUAUCCUGAACAGCUUGCCUGUUAAUUACACCAGGGAAAACGACUCCCGUACUGAAAAGAUUGCCUUUACAAUGAGAAACUUUCCUCCUCCUGCCCCUACCUAAACCCAGAGUUCUGUUCUCUCAGUAAGCAUGCAUUUUCAUGCUAAUCAAUGCUAAUUGGGCUUACACAUGGGUACUGAGGGCAGAAUAAAAUCCCACAGUGUAUGUAGGGUAUGUUCUUACCAUCCUGUUAUAUCCAAUUGGCAUUUCAUACCAGGAGGUUUCUGUCUGACCAGAAGUGCAGAUAGUGACAGAUUCAGUGAGCUGAGUAAUGUAACUUGUCAGGAAAAUGUGUUUGACAAUUAUGUGGCCAUUUUUUCAUAUUUUUGGACAAAUAUUAUUGGACAAAUAAUAUUCAAAGCCUAUGCAGCUGGUCCAGCAGUGUAAAAAGAAACAAGAGUAUGUUUCCCAUGGGGGUCAUAGCGGGAGGCAAUGGGCCAGAGGAAUCGCUCCCCUCCUACAGGUGCAAGGGAGCCCCGUGGUUUUCUGCAGUGAAAACAGCACAGCACACUGUACAGCCAUAACUGAGGAAGCAGCGGAACAAGGCAGCUUUAACCUUCCCCUGGGUAUCUACCAACCAGCAGAUAAAACCAGUGCAAAAAUGGGGAAAGGAAUGUCCUGCAAAGUGCUGAACUCAUGUUUUUCCUAACUGAAUUCCGCAAGUAGCGUCAAAGAAGUGAUUGUGACUUUCUGAGAUAGUCUUUUCCAAAAUUGCUUUCGUAGUAGAGCAAUGAAGUAUUGAAUGAAGUAGGACUAAAGAAGGGCUAAUUCAGCCUUCAAUCACAUAAAGCAACAGGAUUCACCCCUAUUUAUUAAUUAAAAGUUUUGAAGCUUAUAAUUCCACCAAUAUGAACCAGGAAACAGAAAAAUCAGUUGAAAAUCCACCUGUAACCUAGAAAUUGAAGAAAAGGGAGAGAGACUGGAUGCAAAAAUAUGAGUUUUGAAGUUGAAAAUAUUUUAAAGGAAGACCCAAUAGAAAAAACAGUGGGCAGUUGCAACUUCAAAAGAGUCCUAAAGGCAAAGACUACAGUGAAAAUUCAACCACCCACUUCAGGUCAUCAAACCUUAGAUGCCUAAAUUGGAAGAGUUACCGCCCAAGGCUCUAGACCUUGGGUCCUCCAGAAGGUGAGAAGAGCACCUAAGGCCUGAAAGUUUUGCCUAAAAGUCCAUGAAAUGUUCCAAAGGACGAACUCACUUUGGCAGAGGCAGAAUGUUCAUUCGUAUCUAACACUACAAUUUGACCAUAAUGGUAUCGCAGCAGCUAGUUAAUUAACCCAAAGAAAUAAAGGAAUUUUUGAAUCUAUUUUCAGAACACCACCACCAUGUGAUUCAGGUGUUAGGGUCUGUUCUCCUUAGCUGGAAAAACUUCUAGUCUACUAACUUGACGGAGAGUUACAAGCAUCUAUUGCCUUGAAGAGAAAAUCCCAUUGGGGAGCUGAAGCCCAAAACCUUUUGAAAUAUUCCCACAGAUUUCAAUCAGGUCUGGACCAGCUCUUGGUCUUGAUUUAUCUGAACAAAAAACUGGUAGUUGGUGGGGUUUUUUCUUCUUUAAACAUGCUGAGUAUAGUGAACAUAAAAAGAAAUGUAUCUCCUUUGUGGUGUUCAGACCUUACCAUGAUAAUGAGGAUCUAGCACUGAAGAUUUUAUUUCUCUGAAGGUAAUAGAAUGAAAGUUGCCCUUCAAUAAAGGAAAAAUGAUACUGCAACUUUACAUUGAAAAGUAUCUUGCACUGAUAAAUAUAUUUAAAAAAAAAUUAUAUGUUUAUAAAGUUAUUAAUUUGUAAAGGCAGUGUUACAAAAUGUUCAGUUUAUAUUGUUUUAGAUUGUUUCAUAAUUAUUAAAGUGUAAAAUAACAUAUUUUUUUCUUUAUUGAAAAACUAUAAAAAUCUUCUGUAGUAAAAUGGUUUCAUUUUACUGGUAUAUUAUUGCUUCAUGUUUUGUACCAUCAAACUUUGCGCAAAUUUUUUUUACAGAAAUUUUUAUUUUCUAUGACAAUAUGACACUUGUAAAUUGUUGUUUCAAAAUGAACAGCGAAGCCUUAAUUUUAAAUGACAUUUGUAUUCUCAGACACUGAGUAGCAUAAAAAAACACAUAGAACUGAAUUGUAACUUAAAUUUCCAAACUAUGACUACUACAUUCCAAAGAAACAGUUGAAUUAAACAUUUUCAUAAAAUA